UACGUGUCCACGUCAGUGUCUGAAAACAUUAUUAACGUCCAGUGACCACAAUAUGUGCAUACAUUGUUAUACUUAAAUAGUAAGCGCGCACACACACGCACACACACACAAGCCAGGACUUUAUGAUAAAACAUCAGCGCGAUGGCCGGUCAAAGUCUAUUGGUCUACUGGUGUAAUCAACGGCGCGGUGUGCUCUCCUUUUUCACAACAAUAUACUUGCAUACGUGCGGUUUUAUUCAUUCAGGCAACGGCCGAAAAGUGUAAAAUUGGCAAACCGUAUUAUAUUUUCGAAGAGACUAAAACAAUUAUUCGAUUCGACGCAACAUUAUUAUUUGUGUACGUAUACCAUUUUAAUGUUACACACUUAAAACGCACACCGGUUACCGGUAUAAUAACACACAUAGUAUACUGCAGUUGUCCAUACACAAGGUCGGCCACAGGAGAGGAUCAAGGGCGACGUUGUAUAUAAGUGUAUUAUUUUAUUAUCAUAUACUGUCGUGUGUGGGUAAAGUUGCACCCAAAGGGGUUAUCCGUGAACCUUGGAGACGCUUCCCAGUUUCUUUUGUGAAAUGACAUCGACAUUGUACAAUAAAAUUGGCCUGGCUUCCAAACAGAAACCAGUUAAAGUGAUGAUCAUGGGACAGCCGGGAGUGGGAAAAACUGCAUUGCUCGUGCGGUUCGUUACUAAAAAGUUCAUCGGCGAUUAUGAUCCGAAUUUGGAGAAAAUGUACUCUCACCAGGUCAACAUAGAAUCGGAAACGGUAAAUUUCGAAAUUCUGGACACGGCCGGUUACGUGCAAGAUAAAUCUUGUAACCUGGAAUUCAACAUGCGCUGGGCUGAAGUGUUCAUUUUGGUAUAUUCGAUUACGGACAAAUGCUCGUUUGACGAUUGUAGCAGAUUAAAAUUCUUAAUAAAUUACAACAAAAAGAAACGUCGACUUACAGCCAAAGACCAUACGUUUGAUGUACCCGUCAUAUUGGUGGGCAACAAAGUAGACCAACAGUUCGACCGGAUGGUGUCGUUUACCGAGGGAAGAAGACGAUGCCAGGAACUUGGUUGUGUGGCGUUUCACGAAAUUUCUGUCCGAGAAAACGUCGAUCAAGCGUUCGCUGUGUUCAAGGAAGCUUACAUGUCUUGGAGAACGAUGACGAAAAACCCUAAACUGAAACGUUCAUCGAGCGAUCACGGUGCUGAAGCGUUGUUCAAUUCGGCUUCGAAGUUCAUAAGUUGGCCACUGGUAUUUGGUGACAGUUCGAAUCGACCCGAAGAUACACCCGAGUUCAGAGCAAGGGCCUCGACUGAAGGUCACAUGACAAUGCGAUCCGACAAUUCUAAGCACAGAGGUUUGCCAAAUUCGUCUUCGAGGGGUAGUAUUUGCGGCGUUACAAAAAAAUAAAACACUAUUUAUUAUCAUUAUUGCAAAAGCGCUUGUAUGCAUAAUU